AUGGCGACAAGAGAAGCCCAGUACAAUGCUUUCCAGCUUACUCCGAAAACCCACCCGCACCUCCAUCACUCCCAGAUCCACCAGUUUAACCAACAACCCACGAAUCAAUACACCACACAUUCUACGCAACUGGGUCCCUCUCCCGGAACUCCUCCUUCUCCAUUAACCGCGAACCAAUGUAUUCCGCAAUCGAACCACUCAAACAUAACAACGUCCCUUUCGACAAUGUCCACAACCACAAUGCCCACUUCCCUUCCCACUCCUCCUACAAUCCCAACCGCUCUCACCUCCAAUUGUCAACCAACCACCAAUACAACUCCGCCCGCUUUUGACUUGCACGAUGUCAUUGCUCAGUUUCAUCAACAACCCGACUUACUAAAACUAAUUCUAGCGGCAAAAGUCGAAGAAGACAAGCGCAAAGCUGAAGAGGCAAGACUCAGGAUGAAAGAGAUAGAAGCUCUACAGUCGCGCGACAGGCAUAGAAGAACUUCCUCGUACGUUAAUGACGGAUCAUCCGAUGCUAAAAUAGAGGACCAUAAUGGAGAGAUCGGGUUCGAUCACGGUGAGUUGAUCUUUCAAACAUUUUUCUACUACCCUGGCAGGGAGAAUUGUUACAACACGCAGGCUGCAACGCUCACAUAUCCAACGGCCUUUAAUGCUCUCGCAUCUCCCCAAAUCCAAAAUCUAUCUCUCGACUCGGCUCCGCCAUCAUCAGCCACCGGACAAGAGGCGCUCGAGCACGGCGACAGUGAUCUCUCAUCGCCGCAGAAUAAACGGAAGCGAAAACGUCGAGAAAUGUUACCUGUUACGAUGAUUAUUGAAACAAAAGAAUUCCCAUACAAUGAUGAUUAUCUGUGGAAAAACAACGGGAACACGACUCAGAAAAAGACGGGAUGUAAGAGCGUCUAUUAUAAAUGCUCGAAUAGCAAUAAAGGGUGUCCGGUAAACAAGACGGUCACGGAAAAGGAUGGUGGUUGGAUUAUCAAGUACAGGGGCCAGCAUUUGGAAAUUUGUGGAAAGAUUCGAAGGAUUGUUCAAGCUUAA